CGGCCAAUUGCCAGGCGUCGCUCGCCCCUCAGGGCGGAUUUAGUGUUGUAAGGGCCCCCGUUCCGCGAGGAUCUGUCACCGCCUGCAUUUUCGGGAAGGGAACGGGUGCGACCACACACCGACGGCGCAGAUUGCGCGCCAGUUGCGACAGGAUGACCGAACUGAGGUGGUGACGGGAGGCAGCGCGAGUGAGCGAGGCACCGAAUCGUCCGGGCCCCAGCUCAUCCAAUUUCCCAGCCGAUCGUCUCCCGCUAUUUGCGACCACCCACACCACCAUUGACAGCCACCACCACCACCCGUUGUCGCUAAGAAGCUCCUCCGAGAUUAGACCAGGGUCCCCCAAAAUCGCAAGGUGGCAUCUCACGCUUCUGCUCUUCUUUCCCGCGCGAUGCUGCUUGCCUCGUGACCUCCAUCGAGUAUCCAGUGCUGCUUUGCGACUCUCUUAGAUUGCUCUGGGAACUCUUCCUCCUCAACAUACACCUUUUGCGACCUCUCCGAACCCGUCGUCCUUCUGGCGCGAGGCUGCGACUUGCCGACACACGCCACACCGCAUCCUCGAAAUACUCCUCCCGAAAAAUAACCCCACCUUGGGGAACUCGAAACCUCCUCACCGACGAAACGAUAUCGUAUACCAGAGCUGCCCGGUGUUGGAAUCUGCGACAAUUGUAGUUGACAAUGGGUUGGAUAAUGCUCUUCGGCGCCUUGCUGGUGGCUGUUGCGCCUGCAUUGUAUAUAUACCUGGUCCCGCUGAUCACGCCGAGACUCCCAACCCUGGAGAACAAACGCAUCUGUCUCUUGAUUGCACACCCGGAUGAUGAGGCCAUGUUCUUUGCGCCAACGGUUUUGGCCCUCACCAAACCGGAUACAGGCAAUCACGUCAAGAUUCUGUGUUUGAGCUCAGGCAACGCUGACGGCCUGGGCGAGACUCGCAAGAAGGAGCUGAUCAAGAGCGGCAUGAAGCUCGGUCUGCAGCAGGAACACGACGUCUUCGUCAUUGACAGCCCCGACUUUCAAGACUCCAUGACAAACGUCUGGGACAAGACCAAGAUCUCUACCCUCCUCGGCCGCGCCUUUGCACCGCAGCUCGCCCGCCAGCGAGCUGCCGGCGAGGAACCCGACGCCAACAUUGACGUCCUCAUCACCUUUGACUCGACCGGCGUCUCUUCCCACCCGAACCACAUCUCCUUAUACCACGGCGCCCGCGCCUUCAUUGCCGCCCUGUCCACCAACCCACGCUGGCCCUCCCCCGUCGACCUCUACACCCUGACCUCGGUCCCCUUUGCGCGCAAGUACACCAACUUCCUCGACGCCAUCCCCACGCUCUUCUCCUGGGCCACCACGGCCGGCAGCAACCCCCCGAAACCGCCAAAGAAGCCAAAGAAGGAGGACGACGAUAGCGAUGACGAGGACGAGGAAGACGACAACUACCACCCCACGGCGCUCGUGUUCCUCAGCGAACUGGGCGCAAAGGGCGGUUGGGCCACGGCGUGGAGCGCAAUGACCACGGCGCACAAGAGCCAGAUGGUCUGGUUCCGCUAUGGAUGGAUCUCAUUGAGCAGGUACAUGGUUCUGAACGACUUGCGGCUGGAAAAGGUCGAUGCCGAAGAGGAGACUAAGGCGUGAGUGAGCUACACCUCAACUCUGUCCAGAUAUGAAAUAAGUCAUGAGAGAGAGUGAGAAAAAGAGGAAAGAGGAGUUGAUGGUAAAGCAUGGAUCGAAAAAAGAAAAUGGCAUAUCCUACCUAGCAUCUCAUAUUCCCCCUACCUACCACCCCCUUUUCAUCAUGAGCAGGCGUUUUUGCAUGGACUCCUUAUGUUUUGGGUAGAUACCAACAUAUAUCACCAGGGGUACAAAAAUCAUCAGCGUUGCAGUUACAGAAUGAAGAUCAGGUACACCAGAUGAUGGGAACAGAGUACAUCUC